AUGAGGGUGCUUCCCACCAUCUCGACGCUCAUCCUGCUGCGGCACGGUCAGUCGAUCUGGAACGGCGAGAACCCGCGGUUCACGGGCUGGUGUGACGUGCCGCUCACGGCCAAGGGACGCGUCGAGGCGGUCGGCGCCGGGCAGCUGCGCUCGCGAGGCUUCCGAGCGGCGAACGUCUACGUUGCGUUCACCUCUGAACUGCAGCGCGCGCACGAGACCUGCGAGCUCGCGCUAGCUUCGAUGGCGGGGCACCGGCAGGACACGUGGUCGCCCGAGCGCAUCCGGCGUGAUGCGCGUCUCAACGAGCGCCACUACGGCGCCGUGCAGGGCUAUCGGAAGGAUGACGCCGGGCUGCUCGCCGCACACGGCGAGGAGUCGAUCCGCGGCUGGCGGCGCAGCAUGCACGGCAAGCCGCCGCCACUCGACGCCGACCACCCUGAGUGGCGGCCGCCGCCCGCGCCGACUGGAGAGAGCCUCGCAGACUGCCAGCGCCGCGUGCUCGAGUGCUUCCGCGAGAGCAUCUCGCCCACGCUCUUCGAGGAGGCGCAAGCGGCACUCGUUCUGAUGGGUCUGGACCAGGUGCCGGACGACAACGUGCCGAACUUGCAUGUGCCAAACUCGGUGCCCAUCCUGUACCGCUUCUAG